ACCACCCCUCCCUCUCCUCUUCCGGACGAUGACUGUCAGCCGUCUACGAGUCACACUAAUGAUCCAAGGGAAAGCCUAAAUUCGAAGCAAUCACUACGGAAUGCCUUGGAGCGACGGAUACUGCUGAAAGAAAUGCGAAGUCGAGAUGGUAAAGAACCACGACGAGCACAGUGGACUAAAGAUCGAGGUCGAGGCAGAUUGCUAAGUGAUGCUACCGGCGAUGAAAAGUCGAAAGCCGUACGGUGGCAGAACGCUAAACAACACGGGAAAUUACGAGCCGGACCUCUACUACGGCGAGACAGCCGAGAUGCCUAUCGAAUACGUCGACGGAAUCCCAGUGGAGAUAUAAGGAAAUCCACAGAAUAA